GGAGUGUAUCACUUUGCUCUUCACUUUGUUGUCAUAGAACAUGUACAUCGUUCUAGUUCUGCUCUCGUUGGUCUACGUAGUCGUGCCACAACACCAUGCUGCUGCGCAGUUUGCGCUGCGUGAUAUCAAUUCCCUAACCGAAUGCGUGGUGGGGUACUCGGCCCGGAGAUUGUACGGUUAUGGAUGCUGGUGCCGCACAGAUGGUUUGGGUACACCAAUCGAUGCCGUUGACAGCUGCUGCUUUAAUCUUGAUCAAUGCUACGGUAGGGCUGUGAGUAGCGGUAUAUGCAACCCAGGGGAGAGGUAUUCCCGUUCGUACAAGUGGAAUUGUGUCAACAAGCAGGCCGUAUGUAGCCGUGAGUAG